AUGUCUAAUGCUGGAAUCACCAAGAAUUCACGCCCGAAGCGGAAGAAUCGACCCAGGCCUUUGCCACCCGAUGUCACGGCCAGGAACCUGGCUAUCGAGAAACAACGCCGAGGCGAACUAAAAGAAGAUUUUCUGGAAUUGGCGCGCCUGUUGCCCGACCUUGCCAAUACUCGACGACUUACAAAGGUUCUCAUAGUAAACAAGAGCAUAGAGCAUGUGAAACAACAGCGCGAACUCUCAAUAGCGGCAGCUAGUGACAUGCAAGAAGUCGUCGAUCAGAACCAUCAACUUGUCGCUGAGGUAAAUGCUCUGCGUGCUCAGAUUGGGGGACCAUCUAUGCCUCAAGCCCAGGCCAAACUCUUGACCCCAGCUAUGGCCCAACUAGCUGAAACAAAGAAUCACAUCUUCGGGACAUUCCCUGCAGGCUUUGGAGAUAAUUGGGCUAAAGAAUACUCCCAAGUCCAACAUGAGACAACACACGGAAUGGGCUUCUCACCUGACAACUCUUGUGCACCCCCUGCCCUGCAAACAGAUGUCAAUAUUACACCAGACACCAUCCAAAGCAGCCUAGAAACUACUCCCGGAUCUGCACCUGUAUCAGCAUACCAGGAACCACAAGUGAACUUCAACUUGUGCCUGAAUACAGCGGCCGAGCCCAGUUUUCCAUUCCCAGAUCUUUUGGGUCUCAGUCAUUCGUAUCUGGAUGAUCCUUCGAUGGAGAGUUUCUGGACACAGGGAGUCGUUGAUGAGGGUUCGGCUUGGGUUAGUGGUCUCAGUGGAAGCGAUGUUUUAUCAUCUGUUUUUCCAGAAUAA